AUGUCUACAUCACAGUCCCGCUUCUGGUGGCUGCUGCUGCCGCCGCCAGCAGAGGACCCACUGCCUCCUGAGCUGGCAAUUCCCGACCCAAAACCCCCGCCGUCGAGAUUCUGGACUUGGUCUACUCAAGUAACAUCAGACAAUGCCGAUCUGGCCAUGCCGCCUACAAAGGGCCCAGAUGACACCGCUGUCAAGAAUUCCACAGUAGAAACUUCGAGCUUUUGGGCGCUGAUGUUUGGUCUGGGCGCCCAAGAAGAUAAGCCUCCAUCUGAAAAUACUGAAGCAACCAACAUGCAAGAUGGUGCCAGUUGGUGGUCUGGAUGGCCAUUCUUCCUGACGGUGGCCGAUGAUCCUGAAAGCGACGUUGGAGAUAGUGCUACAGCAGAGCUUUUCAGAUCAGCGAAAUUUGCUGUCGAAACAUCCAGAGAUUCAUGUCAUUAUGCCAUCUAUUGCAAGUAUGGAACUCAAGAUGUGGAAUUGGCAGUGGCAGGAACCAAAACAGAGGCUCAGGCAGUCAAAUAUAACCACAAAAAACGUCCACUUACCUCCAGUGAAGUGAUGGAAAAUGCUUUGGUGAAGCAGAAAAAGGCAGAACUGCCCCCGUGCAAUGAUACGAACGGUGAGAAUACUACGAGCAUUGUGAACAAGACUGGUGAGCUUAACAAGAAGUUAGAUUCCCAGCUCAAGCUGCCUACAAUCUCAGACCUGGGCUGCAAUCCGACUCCACUCCCAGCUACCAAGCCAGACAAUGCGUCCUCGAGUCUUCGACGAAAAGAACAUCACGGAGCUAGUGUAUUUCCCAAAUUCGACUCCAACUUCCGUACAAUCACUGUCACUACCAAAAUGAGACUUGUGGGGGAGGCCUUCUUGCAUGGUUCUAACACAUCGGAAAAGCAUUUGUAUAAGUCCACUGACAGACAGGUCAGUGCCAAAAAACGCAAGAGGAUUAAGAAGGUGGUGGUCAUCAGUAUCCACAGCUUUCUUCCUGCAAAGUUUGUUAAGUCUCUUAUAGGUCAGAGUACUGGCAAUGCUGUAUCUUUCGCUAGUAAGGCUCUGGCAGCCAUUGAGCGGUGGAUUUCAAGUAAUGAAGAUGUCACCUGCGAUAUUGACACUAUUGCAUUGGAGGGACAGGGAACCAUCAAGAAUCGAGUGAACAAAUCCUUGAAACUCCUACAGAAUUGGAAACAUGAAAUCAACAGUGCGGAUUUUGUAUUUGUCGUUGCCAACUCUAUCGCUAGUCCCGUGGCUAUCAAGCUCGUUUCGCAGAUGCUAGAGUCUCCACACUUUGAUCAACUACGAGGAAAAAAGGUUGGGUUGCUCAGUAUUGCCGGAACCAUAUUCGGGCCCUUUUACAAUACAGAUACCAAGAUUGUCAUUCGGGCUUACACUCAGGCAGAGAAUGAGGUGAUCAGCGAGAUGUUAGAAUUGCAACGACCCAAGUCUGCGCUAAGCAAGGAUUUGGUGCAGUGUAUCGGCCACUUAUGCUCAUGUAAUGUUAAAGUGACUAUGGUGGGAGCGGUCAACGACCAAUUCGUUCCGCUUUACUCGGCAAUUGGUAACCAAAUCCGCCAUCCCAACCUUUUCAAAUGCAUGUAUGUCGAAGGAAGUAGCGAUACUCCUCCGUUCAUGGUACAACUCAUGUCCAUGGCGUUGACAAUGAUUAACGUUGGAUAUGGAGACCAGAAUCUUGUGCGAGAUUUGAGUGACCGACUUCAGGGUGGAGUGACUAUGAUGGGUUCACAUGGAAGUGUCUUCUACGAAAACGAGGUUUACGACGUAGCGGUCCGGUUUGCGUUGGAGACAACUAGUCUUGUGUACCAUUCUCCGGCCAGGUGUGAACGACUCGCUCCCAUCACCGCCGAGGCUGACAAGAAUCUAUAUAAUUUGCCAUGGAACGUAAGAGGACUUGUCAAUGAUCUCGUGAAGAUUAAGCACAUUCUGAAUAUGGAGUUGCUACGGAAUAUUGUUGAAGAGUACAUUCGCUGGGAACCCACCACUCGGUCAUGGAGAGAGGUUCGAUACUGUUUUGCUGCUUUAGAGGAUAUUACAGUUGAUGACCUACUCUUGUAA